AUGACAGCAAGAGAUUCGCCCUCCUCGUCCAUCGAUAGUAGCAGCGCCACGUACCCAUUUCUCUCGUCCAAAACUGAUCUCAGCAUCGGCCUCAACAUUUCAACUAUUCCUGAUGAUAUUGACAUGAAUUUGCAGGGACGUUCAACGAGUUUUUUCGUCAAGGUUUACAUGGAAGGCAUCCCCAUUGGCAGAAAACUCGACCUAAUGGCUCAUUAUGGUUAUCAUGAUUUGAUCAAGACUCUCCAUCUCAUGUUCAACUGCAAAGCCAACAUUCUCUGGGCUGAAAGAGAAGAAGAAGAUUCGAAAUGGGAGAAAUGUGGAAGGUACGUAUUAACAUACCAAGAUCAGGAAGGAGAUUGGUUAAUGGUUGGAGAUGUGCCAUGGGAGAUGUUCCUCAGUGCUGUCAAGAGAUUGAAAAUUACUCAAAUAGAUAGAUGA